AUGGAUAUCCGUUUCGGCGGUAAAUAUCGAAUCGUCAAGAACAUCGGAUCGGGCUCGUAUGGUGAUAUCUAUCUUGCAGUCGACAUCGACUCCGGUGAGGAGGUCGCCGUGAAAGCCGAGAGCGCCCACCACACUCAAAAUGCGAUGGUGAUCGACUUGCUCGGGCCUGACUUGGAAGAAUUGUUCAACGAUUGCGGGCGCAAAUUCAGCCUCAAGACUGUCUUACUUCUCGCCGACCAAUUGAUCCCUCUUCUCGAAUCUUCAACCAAGUCCACAUCAUCGACUUUGGGCUGGCUAUGA